AUGCUGAAAUGGUCUGGUGGUGUGACACGCCUGGAUAAAGUCCGCAACGAGUACAUUAGAGGUUCCUUCAGAGUAGCUCCUAUCGUGGAAAAAGUAAGAGAAAGUCGCUUACGCUGGUAUGGCCAUAUUCAAAGACGCGAAAACAACUACGUGGUUAAAAAAGUGCUCAAGAUACCAAACUCGACCAGAGGCGAAGUUAUCCCGGAAGGCAAAGAUGACGAUGAUGGACUCCUUGAGGGAAUAGUUAAAGAUGUUAUCGAUCGUAUAAGCGUAUUCUUAGUCGAGGCUGGCUAUGACCCAUACAGAGUGGACGCCUUGGGAUUCCAAUACAAACUUCCAGUUACCGACCUUUUCGCAGUCAACGCCCGGGCGCAGAAUAUAGCAUUGGCUGGUGCCAGCAACAUCGUGUUGCAUGAUAUCCGUUACAACCCUAUUACAUUCAGGCUCACCUUCGACGUGUCUCUGCCCAGGCUCUCAGCUGCUGUCGGUAAUUGCCUUUAA